AUGGAAAAAGAAAAGGGUGAGAUGCCCAGAACAGACAAUGCUAGGGCAUCCGUGUCUAAGGCAAAUGGAAAGUUGAAGCAACCGGACCAAGUAGCUACUCCAGCAGAAUAUGUACCUGUGCCGCCUUAUCCAAAAAGACUGCAGAAGAAAAAUCAAGAUGGGGAGUCCAAGAGAUUCCUUGAGUACGAUCUUGACCAGCAAGAUACCCGAGAAAAUGAAGGAUCCAAGAAGCUUCACAAUACCCGUAUAUCUAUUGGAGGCCAGAAGAUUGGUCAAGCUCUAUGUGACCUGGGAGUAAGCAUCAACUUAAUGCCUUUGUCAGUGUACAAAAGGUUGGGCAUGGGAGAAGUGAGACCUAAGACUGUCACUCUACAGUUCUCUGAUCGCUCCAUUGCGCAUCUGGAAGGAAAAAUCGAGGAUGUAUUAGUACAAGUAGAUAAGUUUAUAUUCCCUUCUGAUUUUAUUGUACUUGAUUUUGAUGCAGAUAGAGAUGUGUCAAUCAUCUUAGGACGACCAUUUUUAGCCACUUGA